UCUGGUGGUUUGACAAGCCUAGAGAAGGUACCACCUCAUUUGGUAGAAUUUGAAGAUUUCAGCAAAUAUAUUGUUUACGUGGAGUGGCAAGGUGCACACCGAGCUGGCCUAACCAAGGUAAUUCCACCGAAAGGAUGGAAAGCCAGACAGACGUACAGUGAUAUCGAUGACAUCUUAAUAGCCGCUCCCCUCCAGCAGGUGACCACUGGGCAGGCAGGUGUGUUUACUCAGCCCCACAAAAAGAAGAAAGCCAUGACCAUGAGCGAGUAUCGCCGCUUAACAAACAGUGAAAGACACCAGACUCCAUUUUACUCUGAUUUUGAGGAUCUGGAGCGAAAAUAUUGGAAACCACGCCCCUAUGAUUCACCAGUAUAUGGUGCGGACGUCAGUGGCUCCUUAUUCGAUAAAAACCCCAAGCAAUGGAACCUUGGACACCUGGGAACCAUUCAGGACCUGCUGGAACAGGAGUGCGGAGUGGUCAUCGAAGGCAUCAACACCCCCUACCUUUACUUUGGCAUGUGGAAGACCGCCUUCGCCUGGCACACGGAGGACAUGGACCUUUACAGCAUCAGCUACCUGCACUUCGGGGAGCCCAAGACUUGGUAUGCGGUGCCGCUGGAGCACGGCCGGCGCCUGGAACGCCUGGCCAGGGAGCUUUUCCCAGGCAGCUUGCGGGGCUGUGAGGCCUUCCUACGGCACAAGGUGGCUCUCAUCUCGCCCACGGUCCUCAAGGACAACGGCAUCCCCUUCGGUCGGGUCACUCAGGAGGCUGGAGAGUUCAUGGUGACGUUUCCCUAUGGCUACCACUCUGGCUUCAACUGCGCGGAAGCCAUCAAUUUUGCCACCCAGCUCUGGAUCGAUUAUGGCAAAGUGGCCUGGGAAUAGGGCUCUCCAUGGCCUUUGGAAAGAUCUUCAUCAGAAUAAGGGAGAUUUCAGGCUCACCUCAUGGAUUUGCUGUGACUUAGAGGAAAGGCCAGGCUUAGGAAGCAGACGGGCCUGGCUCAAUUCUGGCUCAGGACUCACUGAUUAUGCCAUCUUGGACAAGAAUCUGAAUGCUCUGGUCCAGUUCCCCACGUGGCACGCUGAGGAAAUAUGACUAAAUAAUAAGAUGUGAGUGAAUGCACCCUAGUAGGCUCUCUGCUUCUGUCUCUACCACCACCGCAGUAAAGGUUUUGUUUUCAAUACUGACCUGAAGACACGACAUUUGGGAUACCCACCCAGGGCUGGGUGAUCCACUAGACCUCAAGAGGCCAGAGCCAAGUGUCGACCAAGGACAUCACAGACUUGCAGGCUCAGCCAGCAUCAGUCCUGAGCAAGGCUUCUGCCCAGCGUGGAGUCCCCUGCAGAAUCAGCAAGCCUAAGAAAUAUUAUCAACUCAUUGCAUUAAAGUCUACUGGGGGUUCCUGCUGAUAUACUCCAACACAUUUUUGAAAAAGUAGUGUUUUCCAGCAUCCUCACCUAUACAGAACAUAAGUAAAAACUUGGGAGUUUCUUCCUUAUUAAUAAAAGCUAU